CAAUCGCCGUCGCGCUUACUCGCCGAUGCGGUAGUACCAACAUGGCAGCUUUCUGAGUUUUGGAGGAGAAGAGCUGGUGUAAAUACAGAGAAAUUAAGCGUUUCUGAGACGAGGACAGGGUCAGGGAGCCUGAGCUCGAGACUUAUUGGAUUGUCGGCGGAAAAUGUCGAGCGACGGGAACAAGAAACAGUUCUGGAAAAGAAACACAGCCAAGGUUCCUGGCAGUAUUCAGCAUGUUUACGGCGCACAGCAUCCGCCUUUUGACCCGCUUCUUCAUGCCAAUCUAAUCAAAGCAGGAAACAAACCCCCUCCGUCCACGCCAGGCAAGCCAAAGAAAGCCACAACCUUCCAGGAGUUCGAGAGCAUCACCAGCGACGCCUGGGACGUCGGCGACGAUGACGACGAGCUGCUGGCCAUGGCUGCACAGAACCUCAACAUUGAGGUUGUCAUGGAGACGGCAAAUAAGGUGAUUGAGAAUCACAGCAAGCAGCAGGAGAGACGGAGGCAAGACGACACGACGGAGCCGGGUCAGGGAGAGGAAGACGCACAGGAGGAGGUGGCGGCGGAGGAGGUGGAGGAGGAAGAGGAAGAUGAGUAUCUCAGAGUGGAGGAAGUGGAGGCAAUCAGCCCAGAUGCAUCAUUUGCCUCUCAGGGCAGCCCUUACGCUGAUAGCCGUCUGGUGAAAUCCCACAGUGAAGCUCCAAUUGGGUCACCUAGAGAUGCGGCGGGCGAGCGAGCCGCCCUCCACAGACAGAGGUCUCUGCCCCAUCGGCCGCCCGUCAUCCCAUUAGUGGCUCGCAUGGCUGACCAGAACACAUCUGGCACCCCGGCCAUGACCGAGAGGGAAGCAUCGCGCCUGGACAAGUUCAAACAGUUGCUGGCGGGGCCCAACACAGAUCUGGAGGAGCUGCGGAAGCUCAGCUGGUCCGGAAUCCCGCGACAAGUUCGACCGAUAGCCUGGAAGCUUCUUUCUGGUUAUCUGCCUGCCAACGCAGAGAGGCGAGAAAGCGUUCUGCAGAGGAAGAGACAAGAAUAUUUUGGCUUCAUCCAGCAAUACUACGACUCGCGCAAUGAUGAGCACCAUCAAGACACAUACAGACAGAUUCACAUUGACAUACCGAGAACUAAUCCUCUUAUUCCUCUUUUCCAACAAGCUUCUGUCCAAGAGAUAUUUGAGCGGAUUUUGUUCAUCUGGGCCAUCCGGCAUCCGGCCAGCGGCUACGUGCAGGGCAUCAACGACCUGGUCACGCCGUUCUUCGUCGUCUUCGUCUUCGAGUACAUCGAGGAGGAAGUGGAAAACUUUGACGUGUCCAGUCUCCAGGAAGAGGCUCUGAGGAACAUUGAGGCUGACAGCUUCUGGUGCAUGAGCAAACUGCUCGACGGCAUCCAGGACAACUAUACAUUUGCCCAGCCAGGCAUUCAGAGGAAAGUCAAGGCCCUUGAGGAGCUGGUCAGCAGGAUUGAUGAGUCUGUGCACCGCCAUAUGCAGCAGUACGAGGUGGAGUACCUGCAGUUCGCCUUCCGCUGGAUGAACAACCUCCUGAUGAGGGAGCUGCCGCUGCGGUGCACGAUCAGACUGUGGGACACGUAUCAGGCGGAACCUGAAGGCUUCUCUCACUUCCACCUGUACGUGUGCGCUGCCUUCCUGGUGAGGUGGAGGAAAGAGAUUCUGGAGGAGCGGGACUUCCAGGGCCUGAUGAUCCUGCUGCAGAACCUGCCCACGAUGCACUGGGGCAACGAGGAAGUGAGCGUGCUGCUGGCCGAAGCCUACAGGUUGAAGUUCGCCUUCGCCGACGCGCCCAACCACUACAAGAGAUGAUGAGAGCGUCUCUACCUCCUCGUCCUCGUCCUCGUCCUCUUCCUCGUCGCCCGCUGGACUCACAGGCUCCUCCCAUUCUCCUAACCAUUUUAUUUUAUUUUAUUUUGUAUUCUUUUGCCCAUAUUUCCAGUGGGCCUUUCCGCUACUAAGAGAUUCGAAUCAAACAGUGACUUGAGGAUGCGUGGUGUAGCAUUUUGACGUGAUGAUGAUCCGGAGCCGUUUCUUUUUAAAUGAUCUCUAUGACCGGCACUGAAACGUGCGUUCAUUCUCAGCCUGAUGCAGAAACAGAUCAUUAAUACUGAUGAUUGCAAGUUUUUUUUUUUUCCUUUUUGUCUUUUUCUUU